AUGUGGAUCGUCCACCAAAAUUUAAUGAAAAGUCUCAGUCCAAUUGUCGAUUGCGGAGUGCAUUACAUAGACGUGAUGUGUCAAAUGGCGCGUUCAAAACCUGUUCAAGUUAAUGCGAAUGAGGUGCGGUUAACCGAUGAGAUACCACCACACAAUUAUGAACUACGACCUGAUUUAAAUACAAUUCAAGGAAAUAUUGUUUAUGGAGAAGUAGGAUCUUUUCAACGCGAUAUUUUAGAAGAAGAAUUUAAUAAUAAUAAAAUUUUCGGUAAACGAUAUGAAAAUAGAAAAAAAUGUUUAAUUGUUGAUGAAUUUGAUAAUAUGUGUUUAGAUCGAGCUCGACGUAUUCUUUAUCUUUCUCAUGAAAUUCAAAGUUUAAAAUGGCUUGAAACAUUAUUUAUUAACAUUUGA